AUGAGUCUCCACCAGACAUCGCGCGAGAGCACGUCCGAUUCCGAGCUUGCGAUUCUCAAAAAACCGUCGAUUGCGGUCGCAGUAGUAGGCCGAGGUGGAUUUCCGAAGCCUAGCCAUGUCGUGCUGCCAGAAAAGUCGGAAAAGCCUCUAAGCAAGCCGCCGCUUCUGUGCCUGGGAAUGGCACGCACUGGUACGGCAUCUCUUUGUGCCGCGCUCAACACUCUGGGUAUGGAUCGGAUUCAUCAUGACUUCAAGAUCGUGAAGGAAGACUGGCAGUGGGAGCUCUUUGAGCGUGCCGCCGACGCCACAUUCCCCGUGCUAAAAACUUACACCGAUCAGCCAUUCACCAGAGCUGAUUGGGAUGAGCUCUUCCGUUCUUAUGAUGUCGGAACCGACAUCAUUUCUUUUUUCGCCAUGUCCCUCAUUGACGCGUAUCCCGACGCUCAAGUCAUCCUCGUCGAACGCGACAUUGAACGCUGGCACAAGAGCGUCCGUCUUCUGUUCGAGCCCUGGACGCACUGGAGCAAUCGCGUGCUCAUGAGGAUUCUCGGUCGUCUGGCGGGCACCAAGACGGGCAUCGCAACCUACAAAUUUUCAAUGGGGUGGACUGAAUCGACCAAGCCCAAAGACAUUAUGGCGAAUGCGCGCGCUGCCUAUGUCAAGCACUAUGAGGGCAUCCGUGCGGCCGUGCCCCCGAAGCAGCUCCUGGAGUACAGGCUAGCAGAUGGCUGGGAGCCUCUCGCAGCAUUUCUGGGCAAACCGCCGCCCGCGCCGGAUGUCAAGUUUCCUCGCAUCAACGAUGCUGCCGACUUCAAGCAACACAGGUGGUUUUACGAAAAGUAUUUCUUGAAGCGGGCGCUGAACAAGAUCUGUCGAGGAUUUUGGAGGCGGUCGUUGGAUGGAGUCUGUGAACAGGUCAAACACGGGAUACCCUAUACUAGAGUGGCUGAUCAUGCCGCGUGGGAAAAUGGCUCGCACAUAGUCUCGGCUUGA